AUGUCGAGUUCAGGAGAACAACAACCUCUCCUCCCAUAUCCCUACGAUGAGGUCGGUGCGUCCCCCGAGCGGCCUAAAGGGACAAUAAGUGUCUGGCGCGAGAACGUCUCGCGUAUUGUGGAGUCCCAGCGCUUUCACACAUUCGUCAUUGCCUUGAUUGUUAUUGAUGCUACAUGUGUCCUUGUUGACCUCGGAUACACCGUUUUAUCCGAUGAAUGCGCCCCGUCAGAUGAGAACCCGGCAUGGCUCGAAGCUCUGGCAAAUGUAUCACUUGCCAUUACCACACUCUUUCUUAUCGAAAUACCAAUUACCCUCUGGGCUUUUGGAAUCCGCUUCUACAUCCCAUUCUCAGGUAUUACACACGCGGCUUUACAUCUGUUUGAUGCCGCAAUCAUCGUCACGACUUUCAUACUCGAAUUUGUCCUCCAGGGACGCGAACGUGAAUUGGCUGGACUACUUAUUAUUCUUCGUCUUUGGCGACUGGUGAAGCUUGUUGGAGGUAAUUUUAAGCUAGAGCCAGUUUUCUCGUCUCGUCUCAUGGGCUCUCCAACAGGAAUUGCCGUGGGAGCGGCGGAACUACAAGAAGAAACAGCAAAAGAACUCGAAGAGACCAGGAGGCAGCUUGAAGGUACCACGGCUGCACUUGCAAAGGCCCGUGAUGAGAACCGCAAGCUGCGUGGCCGGGUGGCCUGGUUAGAGACAGGCUGGAUCCGAGGGGUCCGAGUUCUGAGCCGGGCGGAUAUCUUGAAUGUGCGACUUCAAUUCUUUCUUCUCAUCUAA